GAAGCACAUGUACUUCAACCAAAUAUAGAUCAGUAUAAAUAGAACAUGGAUCCUCGUCAUGAUGAGACUUGCAAAACAACUGCUACGCUUCUGAACUGUAAACUAAGGUUCAGAGAGAACCAAACAAGAAACAUAAGAACAAUGGAACAGUUUGAGUGUGAUUUCUACCAAACAGACUACAGUUUUGAAGAUGCUGCUCAAGGUCUUUCUACAACUGGGGCAAGUAGCCAGUACGACCAGAAUAAUUACAGAACAAGAAAGCAAGAAUAUCUUUACUCAGGGAUGACGUCUUCUUCAUUGGAUCAGCCUGGUUAUAUUUGUGAAGAACCAUCAUAUGCUGCAUCAGAUCCACCAUAUGGUCCACCACAAUAUAUUUUUCAGCCCAGUGACAACUUUGAAGAUGAACCUCCUUUGUUAGAAGAGCUGGGAAUCAACUUUAAUCACAUUUGGCAGAAAACUUUAACGGUUCUCAACCCAUGGAAGCCAGCAGAUGGCAGCAUAAUGAAUGAAACAGACCUGACAGGACCCUUGAUGUUUAGUUUUGCACUUGGCUCCACGCUUCUGUUGGCAGGGAAGAUCCAUUUUGGCUACAUGUACACCAUGAGUAUAUUUGGUUGCCUGGGAAUUCAUGCUUUAUUAAACCUGAUGAGUUUCACAGGUGUCUCACACGGAUGUGUUGCCAGUGUCCUGGGUUACUGCCUUCUGCCUAUGGUAAUACUGUCUUGCUUUGCCAUCAUACUUUCUCUCCAAGGAAUUGCUGGGACCAUCUUGGCGGCAGCUAUAAUAGUGUGGUGCAGUUUCUCAGCCUCAAAAAUCUUCAUCUCUACACUGGCAAUGGAAGGACAGCAACUACUUGUAGCCUAUCCCUGUGCACUGUUUUAUGGAUUAUUUGCAUUAUUAACUGUGUUCUGAAAUUCUAGGUGCCUUUAUAUUAAUUUAUGAAAAUAAAUGGAAAAAGACAUGAACACUCUGUGUUUUUCUGGAUAAUAGCAAGGCAAUAUACUGUAGAUGUGUUUUAUGAUAAUACUGUAUAUGACCUUUAUUAGGUAUGCAUAGGUUUUACAUGGUUUUUCAUUGUAUCAUUAUGAAAUAUAAUAUUGCAGAGAAUGACAGCUCCAAGCCCUCUGUUACAAUCCCUCUCCAACAAAAAAUCCUUGUGAAUAGCCAAAUUGGCUGUGCACCCUAUCAAAUUGCAUAAUUUUGUGCCAGACUUUGCAUGCCCACUUGUAAAUAGCAUUAAUGGCAAAAAUGCUGAUAUAGUCUUCCUGGGACCAAAAUUAAACAAAACUUUACUGCAUUAGAAAAACAAAACUGGAGCAAAAGAAAGAAGGGGGGAAUCAAGAAUAACUAUCACUAAUGCCCACAAAGACUAGAGUAGUCGUAUCUUACAACAUCCCUAAAGGGACCUUUUAUUAUAAGUAGACUUUGGUUAUGUGUUAAAACCGACCUCCAUCACAAAGGAACGUGAUAAAAAUAAAAUGGGAAACAUACAGAAUAUUU